AUGCGUGGCACCUCGUACCCAGAACCAGCCAACGCCGAUGGGCUCUCAUACGCACCCGGCUCAGAAGAGCGACGGCUCUUGAAAGCCGCCCUCGCAGGAAUGGAAAGCACCGUCGCCCAAGUCCCCAGCAUCAUCAACGGCGAGCGCCUCUACACCGGCCACAAGAGCCGGCAAGUCAACCCCUGGAACCCACACGGGGCUCCACUGGCCGAAUACCACCAAGUCGAUCCGUCGACCGUCCAAACCCGCGCAAUUCCCGGCGCCCUGGACGCGCGAAAGAGAUGGGCCAACAUGCCAUUCAAGCACCGCGCAGCCGUCUACAAACGCGCCGCCCACCUCGUCGAGUCCCCCAAGUACCGCUGGAAGCUAAUGGCCGCGACCAUGAUCGGACAAGGCAAGACCUGCGGCCAAGCCGAAGGCGACUGCAUCACCGAGGUACUCGACACGCUCAACUUCCACGUUUACUUCUGUGCCCAGCUCUACCAGCAGCAGCCGCCAAAGCAAUUCAACUCGUCUACAAGCCAUCUCGACUACCGGCCCCUGGAGGGCUUCCUGCUCGCAAUAUCGCCCUUCAACUUCACCGCGCUAGGCGCCCACAUCGCCUUCACACCCGCCCUCCUCGGCAACGUCGUCCUGUGGAAGCCAUCCCCCAUGGCCGUCCUCUCCAACUACAUCCUCUACCAGAUCAUGGAGGAAGCGGGCCUCCCCAGCGGCGUCAUCCAGUUCCUGCCCGUCGCGGACCCCACCCACGUCGUCAAGCCCGCCUUCUCCAGCCGCGACUUCGCCGGCCUCCACUACACGGGCUCGUCAACGGUGCUGCGGACCCUCGCCGCCCAGAUCGGCGCCGGAACCCCCUCAUACCGCACCUUUCCGCGCAUCGUCGGCGAAAGCGGCGGCAAGAACUUUCACCUUGUGCACCGCUCCUGCCGAGACGACGUUGACUGGAUCGCAUCCACGGCCGUGCGAUCCGCCUUCGAGUUCCAGGGCCAAAAGUGCAGCGCGCUGUCGCGGUUGUUUGUGCCGCGGUCGAUGUGGGAGGCGCCGGCUGGCGGCGGCAGCAGCAGCGAUCUGUGCAGCGCGCUGAUCCGCGAGGCAGAGAAAAUGACCCACGGCGACGACGUCAAGCAGCUGCAUCAUGCGCUGGGUCCGCUCGUGUCGCAGGCGUCGUUCGACCGGUUUAGGGAGUUUGUGCGGCGUGCGCAGCUCGAUGGCCAUCGGCUAGUGUAUGGGGGGCUGGUGGCGGACGACGGCGCGAAGGGGUUCUUCGUGCAGCCGGCGAUUUUCGAAACGAGCAAUGACCCCACGGAGAAGGAGAGGGUUUUGGAGUCGGAGCUCAUGAAUCGCGAGUUAUUCGGUCCUCUGUUUGCGGUGUAUGUUUAUGAGGAUGGGACGGCGACGGGCUUCGAGGAUGUUUGCGACCUGAUUGAUCGGACGACGGAGUAUGGGCUGGCGGGGUCGGUCUUUGCGCGGGAUAGGGAGGCUGUGCGGAUUGCGGACGAGAAGUUGAGAGACUCGGUGGGCAAUUUCUGCAUAAAUGAUAAGAGCACAGGGGCUGUUAUUGGGGCGCAUCCGUUUGGGGGCGCCCGGUCGAGUGGCACGAAUGAUAAGGCGAAUUCGACGAAUGUGUUGCUGCGGUUUUCGAGUAUUCGCUGUGUGAAGGACUCGUUUUGUACGGUCGUUAUAUUGUUGGUCAGUCCCUCUCCCCUCCCCAUCGACCAGCUCACUGCAACAGUCGGGACAGAGUCCUCAAAACGUCGCGUACAAGACGCCCUCUCGCCGCACGCCGCAAAAGUGCAAGUCCUCACCCAAGAAGACAACGCACGCGCCGUGCACCAAGCUGACGUCGUCCUCAUCGCCGUCAAGCCCUUCAAACGAGCGGGUGUCUUCGCCGCUCCAGGCUUCAAAGACGCCCUACGCGGGAAACUCCUCCUCAGCAUCAUGGCGGGUAUCACGACGACGGAGCUGAGCCGGCUCGCCCACCACAGCGAAGCAGCCGCCGAGCAGUCCGCCUUUCAAGCGGUGCGCGCCAUGCCCAAUAUGGCGGCGAGGAUCCGCGAGGCGGUCACGCUGUAUGCUGCGACAGAUGGUAUCACGCGGAAGAAUCUGGAGUUUGCGUCGUGGGUUUAUGGCCAGGUGGGCGAGGCGCAUUGCAUUCCCGAGGGUUCGUUUGAUAUUUGUGCGGUUUUGGUGGGGUGUGCGGGUUCGUUGCUGCUGUUGGCGAUUGAUGGGUUGCUGGAUGCGGCUGUUGCGGAGGGGGUGAGGAGGCCCGAGGUGCAGGAUUUGGUGGUUAAUAGUGCGAUUGGGAUGAUGAAGUUGGUCCCCGUUGGGGGUGAUCAUCCUAGUGUCUUGCGUGAGAAGAUCGCUUCCCCUGGAGGAUGCUCGAUCCGGGCUCUGUUGGAGCUGGAACGGCUGGGGGUGAGGUCGGCGUUUACGACGGCGAUUAUGGCUGCGGCGGAGAAGUCGAAGAAGAUGUCGUCGUCUUGAUUUAGUUUAGACUGCAUGGUGAAUAUUUCAUGGGCUG